GAGAAAAAGGAGCAGCGAGUCAGUGAGAGAGAGACUAGGGAAAUCACUAGGCCUCUCCCCCUCACGUUGUGUUACAGACUUUCUCUUUUAAGGGAAAAAAUUGAUUUCUUUCUCAUAUUGAUUGCUUAUUUGAUUGAAUUUUUGGAUUUUUAAGAGUUUUUCCUUGUUGGUUGCUUUGCUUGUAGUGUCGGAUCAUGAAGAUUUUGGGUUUGUGGACACAAAUGGAGGAAGAGAAGGACGCUUUUUGGUGCUUAUAAGAGUCUGUCAGAGUGAUUUCCAAGCUCAAGCCGGUCUUCUAUAAUAUUUUUUCAUUCUCAUAAUCUAAAUUUCUGACUUUAUCUGUGUUUGAAAUAGCUGUGUAAAAGUCAAUUUCUUUUUCGGUUUGUCUCAUAUUUUACAUACCCAGUUGAGUUUGGCCUUGUGGGUCUUCUUUAUUUGGAUAAAUUUCCUGUUUGUUGAUAUGAAUUCCCAAGAGUUUGUUAGGAUGGCUUCUACCAGUCAAAUUCGGCUUCUGCAUGACUUAUGCUGUCAAAUUCAGAGAUGAGGGGAAGGAAACAGAUGAAAAUUGAUAUUCACCCAAAAAAGGAGAGAAUAUAUGAUUUAGAGCAACUACAAAGUAGCUUUAUUCAUGUUGUACGUCUCACAAUCUUGAUUUGAGUUUCUAGAUUACAGGUGCAGCAAAUUCAAGCACACAAAGAAGAAGGAUAUAUUGCUUCAUAAUUAGCUUAAAGGAGCAAAUGAUUUUGAAUGGCUACCAUGAAGGAAAAUAAAGAAAAGGCUGCAACAAGUGGUGACAAGGAUGUCCAAAUUCAGGACGACACUACCCCCUCAGUUGUCCAGAAACCUGUCGUCCAAACAAGGAAAAAGAAGACGAUAUCUAGCUUAAUGGACCUCGGUAACCUUCCAAGUCAUCGAGGUCUUAAGAAGCAGAAGCCCGACAAGACCCCUCUUCCCAAGGUCCCAAAGUUCACUCCUCCGACGGUAGAUUUGGACGACCCAAUGGUUAAUGUGGCACCUGUCUAGACCGUUCCACCCGUCCAGUCUGAGAAUCUUCCCCCUCCAGCUAAAGCUCCUCACAGGGCUCAUCCCUCAGAGCCGUCUAAGCGUCCUCCUAACCUAGUGUUGGACGAGGGUUAUGCAUGGAAGACAUUCAAAGGAAUCAUCACUGACAAUAAAGUGAAUUCAUGUUAUAAUAUGUCAGUGAGGGACUUUGAACGUUCUGCAAUUCAUGACCUUUUAAGGCCAUGUCAAAGUUUUACACGACGUCUAGUCAAGCUAAGGAGUUAUGUGAUGAAGCCAAGACGGCCAAGAAGAAGAACAAAGAGCUGAACAAUGAGGUCCUUUUGAAAAAGGGGGAAGUAAUCAGAUUGACUGAGGAUCUCAGUUGUUUGCAAGGAAUAGAGACGAAGUUGAAAGACGAGGUUGAGGAACUUAAAGCAGAUUCCAUUGAAAAAGAGACCCACAUUACUCACUUAGAGGGAAAAAUUUCAAAGUUCAACUUGUCUUUGGAGAAGGCUUGUGAAGAAGUUGUUGCAGCUUUUAAGAAGUCAGACGAGUACAAGAAUCAUCUAGACAGUUAUUAUGCAACUAGCUACAAGUACUUUCAUGCUGAUGCCAAGGAGGCUUACCCUGAUCUGGACUUUGAUUCCUUUAAAAUUCCUCUUGCCACAGAAAGUUCCUUGCUUCCGACUAGUUCUGAGGACGUCAACGUGGUGGACGAUGCUACUAAUGAAGUAACCUAAGAUGCCAUUGUUGCCAGCGGGGACGACCUAAAGUCUGGGGGCAAUGCCCUCAGUGGUUUA